GUGUGUGUGUGUGUGUGGGUGGGUGGGUGGGUGAGCGAGCGAGCGAGCGAGCGAGCGAGCGAGAGAGAGAGAGAGAGAGAGAGAGAGAGAGAAUUACACACGUAAACACAGGCAGAGGGAGAGAUAUGACGGCAGGUGGAGGAGGGAUAAAAAGAAGACGAGGAGGAGGAGGAGGAGGAGGGGAGAAUAGAUGUGAUGAGAUUGCAGCAGGGGUUUGGUCUUUGAGAGGUAAGGGUACGGCAGAUUGCCCGGUGGAACUCUGUGAUAGCCGCAGUCCUAGUCCUCCCCCUUUAGGCAAGCCGAGUCGGCGGCGAAAGGCUACUGCUUCGAGAGAGUCGUCCCCUCCAUCGCUAGACGAUGACCGCGAGUUUUGCACCAUGGAACGACGGGCCACUCGGGCAUCCUCUCGCACGCACAUGUCCAAAUACCCUGCACGGAUCGAUACGAAGGCAGCGGCAGCGGGGGCGGCGGCGGCGGCCCCGCUUGUGGUUAUCUCUGGGGAGGACACGCCCUCGGGGGGGAUCAGUCCAGUCUCCUCCGCGGAGUGCGGCGGAGGCGGGCGCCGGCGGCGGUCAGGUAGCAGCAGCAAUAGGCGGGGGGGGGAACCUCCGCCUGCGGUCGCGGCGGUGGCUGACGUGGCAAAGUUUGCGGACGUGUCCAAGGCCUCCUCUUCCAGCAGAGAAAGACGCGUAGAGCCGUUGUCGGGAUCCGGAUUGAACCGGUCUUCGGUCAGCGCGUUGACGUCAGCGGACUCGGGCGCGUCGGCGGCGAUGAAGACGGCGGGCGGGGGGAAGGCGACGACGAGGGAGGGAGGAGCAGCAGGAGGAGGAGGAGGAGGGAGAGGGAGGGGGCGCGGGAGGGGAAGGAGGAGGGGGAGGGGAGGGGGCGCAGAAGACGUCUCGUCGCGCUCGCGAUCUGUCUCGACCUGCGAUGACGAGUCGCGGGAUCCCGGUAGCAGCGAUCUCGACGACGCGGGAGGAGGCGGGGGGGAGGUGGUGCUCCGCGAGGCCACCGCCCGACUGCCAACCGCGUCCUCCUCAGGGCAGUAUUCGAGAAAGCGGGGAGGAAUGAUGAUGGGAGGAAGAGGAGGAGAGGGAGAGGGAGGGAACAAAGGAGAAUGCACCUCCGAUCAAGCCGUUGAUGAGAAGAAGCGCUCUGGUUCAUCAGGGAUAUCGGACAUGGGGGAAAGGACGAGAGGAGGAGGAGGAGAGAGGAGUGGGUGUGCGGGGAAGGGCCGGGUAAAACAAAGGGAAAGGGGGGUUCCAUCGGGCGAUGGGGAGACGAAGAAGAGCAUCACCAUCGGACGAGUUGGGGUAUCCAGCUCGACCAUGUUGGCUAUGGCGGCGGCGAAAACGAAGACGACGAAUAGCGGGCGGAGUUGUAAGAUGGAAGACAGUGAUGAUGACAUGGAGGCCGCGUCGGUUCCCCUUCCUCCCAUUCCACCGGUCAAAGAUUCGGUGCAGACUCGAUCGCAGGAGGUUGGGACUGCAGGAGCAGGAGUAGAGGGAGGAGGAGGGGGUUCGCUGACGUGUCGCUUCGACGGUCAUCAAGCCGUGACGUCGAGUAAUCAGAUCGAUGCGGACGGUUAUCGGACGGUGAGCGGGAGAAGACCUCUCUCCUUCUCGGCAUCGAAUCGCGAUGGGGAGAAGGCGGGGAAAGCAAGUGAUGGUGUUCAAGAGGAGGGAGAGAAGGCGAUGAUGGGUGGAGUGUGUGGGGGCGGGCUCAGGUCGGAGAAAAGUGAUGACAAUAAUAUUCGCUGCCGGGGGAUAAUUGGGAGCGAGGUGGAGAAGGUAUGGGAGAAGGGUGAGGAAGACGAUGGAGACGCAGAGGCGGAUGAUGAUUAUGGCGAUGGUGAGAAGGUGAUGGGGUCGGGAUCGCGAUGGGAGAGGAGGGGUGGGGGAAUGCAAAAGGGAAGAGGGGGAACGUUGUCGGGGUCGGAGUCGGAGAGGAGGGGUGAUGACGUGGAUUCGAAAGGUCGUCAUCGCUUGAUCGGUGGUAAUGAUGAAGGGAAAGUUCCUGGAACAAGCACUGAAAGCGACGGCAAGAUUGGUUCGACGACAAGAAAGUGGAGGGAGACGCAGGAGAAGGAGGAGAAGAAAGAAGAGGAGGAGGAGGAGGAGGAGGAGGAGGGGUUAUUCCAGCCAUUGUUUGAGUACGAGGGAAUUGUGGGUAUUGCCGAGGGAAGGAGCGGCAGAAAAAAAUGGCCAGGGGGGGUGCGGAUGGGUGAUGCAGGCGACGAUAGCGAUAGCGAUAGUGAUGAUGAUGAUGAUGGGGGGGGGGUGAUAGAGGAUCUGACGAGAGCGUGCAGGCAAAUAGGCCAUGGAAGGACGAGAGGUGGAUGGGGGGGAUGGGGGGGAGUAAAAGGGGAGAGGGAGAGGGAGAGACCUUUUUCGGCGACGGAAGCAAGAACUAAUUAUUCUCAAUGCGGCGGGCGAAAAGGUGACCGGCAGGAGGAAGACGCGGGGAGACGUAGUCAGCCCAACCUGGCAGCCACGAGAUCCGCGUCAAAGGGGGGUGCCACCUUGGAUUGGCUACCCCCACCCCCGUCGGUCAUUGCCCCCGCUCUACCCAUGGACCCGACUAAUCUGCAAAUAGUGAUGGAACUGAGAAAGCGGAAAGACGCAUUAGCGGCAUUGUCAAGAGAGACAUCGGCGGCCGCAAUCAACCAAUUGGAAGCCGAUGUAGAGAGAGCCUAUGCUAACAAAGAGGGAGGCGGAGGAGGAGGGAUGGGGUUAGGGAUUGGAAGAGGAAGUGUAGAGGGGACCAUCAUGGUUCAACGAGAGGGAGUAUUAGGGUUGGGGGGGGGGGGGGGGGGGGGGGGGGGGGGGGGGGGGGAGGAAUCGAGGAAUCUGUGUAAGGGAGGGGUAUUAGGGUUUGCUGUUGGCGGCGGGGCCGCGGAAAGAGGAGGAGGAGGAGGAGGAGGAGGGGAGGGAGAGUUGAAGAAUGUGGCAAUUGCUGGUGAUGAUUAUGAAGGGGAGAAUGCAGGAGAGAGGAAGAAGAAGGAGGAGGGAGAAAAGGUGGUCAUCAACUUCAAAUCGGAAACAGAGGCGGCCAUAGCCAUUAGGCUGGGCAAGGAGGAUGCGUUUGAGAAGGCCUUUCGGUUUUACUCCAAGAAGAUGGGAAAAGGGAUGUCAUCACUUGUCUUUCGGUUCGAUGGGGAGGUGGUUCUUCCUAAUAGCACCCCAGGCUCUCUCGACCUCGAAGACGAUGACAUGAUAGAAGUCAGCAUCAAAGGUUGAGGGAAGAUCGUGCGAAAUCUCAAUCG